AUGUCUACACCGCCUUCCUUUUUCUUCGUGCCACAUUUUCCUUCUUGGACAAGGAUCUCUUACAGCCCUUUUCCCCCUCCUUUCUUGCCCUCUCGUUUGAAUCGUUCAAUUUUUUUGGUCGCUGGUCGCCAACUGAUUCACAUUAAUUUCACGAGCAAAUUGUCCUUCCUUCGCCACGAUAUAAUGACCACCAGUUUUCGUCAGUUUCUCCCGGUACUGCUGUUGAUUACUUUCGCGGCUGCUUUACCGUUGCCGAGUUCCAAUUUUCCAUCCAUGUCAUGGUUUUUGAGGAGAGAAAAGCCAACCGUUUGUAACGGCCACGCAGAAUUUUGCGAUCGUAGAUACUCUGAUGUCACAUUCAUCGGAUCGCACGAUUCGUUUGCCUUUAGCAAAAAUCCUAUCAAACUUGGUCGUGACCAGACUGUCGAUAUCACGGCACAACUCGAGAUGGGCGUUAGAAUGUCGCAAGCUCAGGCGCACGACAGCGACGAUGGAGUCUUGAAGUUUUGUCACACUGAUUGCAUCAUAUUCGACGGCGGUUCAGUAGAAGACUACCUCAAAACCGUCAAAUCGUUCCUCGACAAGAACCCGAACAAAGUCCUCACUCCAAAGACGUCAGUGAUGUUUGGAAACCCAUCUUUGACAAGACAGGAAUAG